AAGAUUGAUUAAAGUUGUCCCCAAUAAAUUUUAUUUAACACACAUUAAACAAAAAUUCCUCAGGACACCACGAUACGGGAGAGAGAGAGAGAGAGAGAGCUCUCUAGUUUCCAAACCCUAGAUUUCAAGAUCGAUCUUCCUGCUUCUCCUCAAGACUCCCCAGAGCUCGAUUUCCACGACGAUUCAAUCUCCCCCAGAUUCAAUCAAGAGUCUCUCAGAUUUCGAUCCUUCUCUCUACUGGUGGAAUAGGCGCUUGGAGCUUUCGGAUCUCACGGACUGAAGCUAGUCGUCCGAUUCGUAACGACCGUUCUCGGUUUAGGGCUUUGAAGAUCUUCAGAGGAGAUUAUCUGCGGGCGCAAUCACGGAUUUGAUCUCGUUCCUGAAUCUGUAGGGACUUUUUUCUUCUAGAUUUGUAGAUUUGGCGUGCUCUUACUUCAAGCGCGGAGGGAGGUUUCGUCUCGGAAGUCGAAUCAUCGAAAUAAAGAAAAUUUCAAUGGCAAUAUAUUACAAGUUUAAGAGUGCAAGGGAUUACGAUACCAUCGCCAUGGAUGGUCCUUUUAUAUCAGUUGGUAUUCUCAAAGACAAAAUUUUCGAAACUAAGCAUUUGGGCAGUGGUAAAGACCUUGAUAUUGUCCUCUCCAAUGCCCAAACUAACGAAGAGUAUCUGGAUGAAGCGAUGUUAAUACCGAAGAAUACAUCUGUCCUUAUUCGUCGAGUCCCAGGACGCCCUCGCAUCACAGUUAUUACUGCACAAGAGCCUAGAAUCGAGAACAAAGUGGAACAUGUUCAGGCUGAAACCAGCAAUUCUCAUGUUCCUGAACCGUCUGCAUCGAAAUAUCCUGAAGAUGAGUUCGACGAGUUCGGGAAUGAUUUUUACUCCAUUCCCGCUGUCCAAGUUGCCCAGCAUAGUAAUCCAUGUCCUGUUCUUGCACCAACAGAAGAGAAAGUAGAUGAAGAAAGCAAACUUCAGGCGUUGAUUGACACCCCAGCACUUGACUGGCAGAGACAAGGUCAAGAUAAUUUUGGGGCCGGGAGAGGUUACGGAAGGGGUAUGAAUGGAAGGAUGGGUGGACGUGGUUUUGGAAUGGAAAGGAAAACACCACCUCCGGGAUAUAUUUGCCAUCGUUGCAAUGUCCCUGGACAUUUAAUUCAGCAUUGCCCCACAAAUGGUGACCCUACCUACGAUGUUAAGAGAGUUAAACCACCUACUGGUAUCCCCAAGUCCAUGUUGGUGGCAACCCCUGAUGGUUCUUAUUCGUUGCCAAGUGGUGCAGUUGCAGUUCUUAAACCUAAUGAGGAUGCUUUUGAGAAGGAAAUGGAGGGAUUGCCGUCAACGACACGCUCUGUAGGAGAACUUCCGCCCGAGCUGAAGUGUCCGCUAUGCAAAGAAGUAAUGAAAGAUGCUGCACUUACAAGCAAAUGUUGUUUCCAGAGCUUCUGUGACAAGUGUAUCCGGGAUCACAUUAUUGCAAAGUCGAAGUGUGUCUGUGGAGAAACUGAUGUACUUGCUGACGAUCUUCUACCAAACAAGACGCUAAGGGAUGCCAUAAACCGUAUUCUGGAAGCCGGAAACGAUAGCAUUGAGAAUGCCGGCAGCGCGGGCCAUAUCACAGAUUUGGAGUCUGCACGCUGUCUUCCUCCUCCCAAGGGUCGAUCUCCUGCUACAUCUGCUGCAUCUAAAGGCGAGAAGAAACCAGCUCAUAGUAACAACAACGAUGCUCCAACAGUAAAACUGCCAACGGAAAUUGCAGAGAUCACAAGUGCCCCUCGGGCAUCGGCAGAAGAUAAAGUGGAAAAGCCAGUGGAUGCGUGUGAAAGCACUCAAGGGUCCGUUUCUGUGAAAGAAGCAACAGUCCCAAAGAUGAAUACGCAAGCUCCUCCCAAAGAAGAAGUGCAGCAACAGGUUGCUGCUGGAGAGCCAGCAAAAAAGAAGAAAAAGAAACCCAGAGUUCCUGGAACUGACAUGCAACAAUGGAAUCAUGUGCCGGAUCUAGCAGGGCCUGACUAUAAUAUGAUGCAAAUGGGUCCGGGUCCAGGUCCCCAGUACUUCAACGGCAUGCAACCUGGCUUCAACGGCUUUCAUCCCGGCUUUAAUGGGUUUCCAGGCCCUUUUCCGGGCCAGAUGCCUCCAUUUAUGGGGUACGGGAUAAACCCAAUGGAGAUCGCAUUUGGUAGGGGUAUGAAUAUGAUGCAUCCAGAUCCAUUUGCUGCACAGGGAUUUGGAUUCCCUAACAUACCACCACCUCACAGGGACUUGGCGGAGUUGGGAAACCGUAUGAAUCUCCAACGUGCCAUGAUGGGCAGAGACGAAGUCGAAGCUCGGAAAGCUGAGAUGUUGAGAAAACGGGAAAACGAGAGACGAACCGAAGGUGGGAAGGUGUUUAGGGAUGGAGAGAAUAGCAGAAUGAUGAUGAACAAUGGGACUUCAGCGUCUGCAUCAUCCAUCAACCCUAACAAAUCUCGACAAGCACCUCCGCCACCGAAUUCGACGGAGUACGACCGACGCAGACGGCCGGAGAGAUUGUCUCCCGAGCAUCAUCCGCCGACGCGUAAGUCAAAGUCUCCGUCUCGAGAUUCCAAGAGAAAAUACGAACGCUAUCCCGAGGAACGUGAUCGUCAACGCGACCGUGAAAGGUCGUCCCGUCACCAAGACCUAGAUCGUGAACACGACCACCGCGCUCGCGACCGUCGCGAUGAAGACAGAAGCCGAGACCACCGUCACAGCCACCGAGACUCGGAUCGUAACCAACAUCACCACCGUAAACGAUCGGCACCUCCGCCGUCGGAGCCGACCGCUGCAACUAAAUCAGAGAUGGAAAAGUCAAGCGUGUUCGCUCGGAUAAGCUUUCCGGAGGAAGAAACUUCCAGCAAACGAAGAAAGGUGUCUUCGUCUUCUUCUGCUUCCGUGGCGGAGCCGCCUGUCGCCGUCAGUACAUCAAUGCACCGUCACAGUCGUAAGGAGAUUGAGGUAGCGGAUUAUGAGUCGAGCGACGAAGACAGGCAUUUCAAGAGGAAGCCAUCGAGGUACGAGCGGUCUCCACCAGUGGUGAUUACUGAUGCGAGUGAUGAUAAGCAUCGAUACUCGAAACGCGGCAAGGGAGAGAGAUCUCGAGCUUAGCUCUUCUUUUUUUUUUGUUGUGUGAUUUGCCUUGAGGCGGGAAAAUUUAAAAAUAAGAAUUAUCUUUCUUAUUUUCUUGUAACGAACAAAUAAUAGAGAGCUCUUUUGUUGUCCAUUGAAUGCUUUCCUUUUUUUUUGGGUAAUGGAAUUCGAUUUGGUGACCUUUAUUUUUCUUUAUGACUUGUUCUUAGUUCAUUUGUUUAUCGGAUCUAAAUGACAUGAGUGAAUUUACUACAUUGAGAUA